UGAUUGGACUUUAAAUUGCCAUAGUCUUGGGGCUCUAUUUGCGCUUUCAAACAACAAAAACAAAACCGUACCACAUAACAAUUCUCUCUCACUAAAAAUCGAACCGAUGAAUUUGCUAAGGAUCCUUAUGAUAAUCUCUUCAAUAUUGUCGAUCUCCAUAGCUUCUUGUAACCCAGAUCAUGGUGCUGAUGAACUAGCCACCCAACUGAACCAUGAUGAAUGUGUAGCAGAGUUGGGGGAAUUUUCAUCUUCUCUAAGUCUAGACCCACCAAAUACAAAUGGGCAAUCUUCAGAUACUUCUUCUUCAGCCAUCGUCCACCAUGACUCAUCAGCCUCAACUUCAUUCUCCGAUUGUGAACAAGUUCGUGGAGACCAACCCCCAAUCACCACCGUCGCUGCCGCACAAGACCUGUGUCUGGAAUCUGGGACUAGUGAUAAUGAAGAUGGUGAAGAGCUACUGAAAAGAGGCCAGGCUUCCCAGCAGGACAGCACAGGGAGGAUGGAGACAAGAACUCGAGCAUUGGAUCUGGGAUGGACUUUCCUUGGCCUUACUUUCCAAGCAUUACUGUGUCUGGCGAUUUUCCACUUCCAGGCUCCAUCUCGAGCAUUGGAUCUGGGAUGGACUUUCCUUGGCCUCGCUUUCCAAGCAUUACUGUGUCUGGCGAUUUUCCACUUCCAGGCUCCAUCAACGCCAACGUCAACGUCAACAUUGUCUUUUUUUUCAAUGUGGUUUUACCUUAUUGGGGCUGCUAUGCUGAUGAUUGCGAUGCCGUUGCGCAACGCAUACCCAACCGUUGCGCGCAUUGGUGAGCAGAUUGGCAUGUUCUCUGUUGCCUUUGGGUUCUUGAUGAUGACUGGAAUCCUCCUUCCUCAUAGAUUGAAUUGUUUUGUGUUGCCUGUUGCUGGUGAUCUCCUCUUUCUUGGGUUUGUAUUUGCCCGUGCAAACAUGAGGCAAAGACGAUAUCCCUCAGUUUGAAAGGGAAAAAUGCUUGGAUCCUUUUUUUAGAGGGAUGAGGGGUCACUGCUGUGCAUGAAGUACAGCAGUGACUGUGGUGCCUCCAUUUGAGGUGUAUUAUGGUCUUAUUUUUAUGAUUCAAACCGUUCAUUUUGUAGGGUUUGUUGAGUACUUCAUGCCUACCAAAAAUCAUAUUAAUCGGAUAUCAACAACUAUAUGAUCGACAACCA